UUUCAGACAACUUCUGUGACUGUUUCUGUUCUUACACUCUCGGCAAUAUCAGUAGAGCGAUACUUCGCCAUCUGCAAACCGUGGACAAGAAGGCUUUCCAAACGGUUCAUUCUGAGAACCAUCAUCUGUAUCUGGUUGAUCGGAUUCAGCGUUUCCAUACCGGACCUAAUUUACUACUCGGUUACCAACACAUUCCAUGAAAGCGUCACCUUCUAUCUUCGCUACUGCAGUCGCCAGUGGUUAGUUAGAGACAAUAUGAUUUUUAACUUGGUCAUUUUGAUAGUGCUGUAUUCCAUCCCCAUUUGCCUGAUGGCGUACACCUAUGCUGUGAUUUCUAAACAACUUUGGCGGAAAGAUCUUCCAGGAAUUGUCGAAGCAGAGCACCGUCCAAUGAACAAGAUGGCGUCAUCUGGUCCAGAAAGUCAACUCCGAUCCCGACAGCGAGCGGCUAAAAUGCUGAUUGCUAUUGUCGUUGUGUUUGCUGUGUGUUAUUUACCCGUUCAUGUACUAAAUUUAACAAGAUAUACAACAGCGUUUACAGAAAUCCCAGCCAACUGGAUAUCAAUUAUUGUCCUAACUUCACAUAUCCUUUGCUAUGCUAAUAGUGUGGUGAACCCUUUCAUCUACAACUUCAUGAGCGCAAAAUUUCGCAAGGAAUUUCAGUCAGUGUUACGUUUGUCUAAGUGCAAAUGCACAAGUAAAAACAUUCGUGUUCCCUCCAUCAUGACGACGUCAUCAAAAAAUAAGAAUUCUCUCCCCAGAACAGAGAGAUUUGAAAUGAACAUUGUUUCAAAGCAAAGUUGGUGUAAAGCCUCAACAAUAAAGAAAGAUCAGGAUCCCCAGGACAAAUACGGAUGAAAUUUAAACGUAAUUAAGUUUCUCUUGAAGAAUAAUUGGUUCAGAAUUCCAGUGACAAUAAUGAUUGAUGAUUGAAUCCGAUUAUUGGGUCAAUUUGUCCAUGAAUCUUUGUAAGGAUAAAAUUAUAUUUGUGAUAUUAAAGGAGGUACAAGAAAGGGCAAUGGGAUGCGAUUAAAUUGGUUGGACAAAUGUUAUAUUUUGGAUAUUUUGUUGUUUUGAUAAAAUUAAGGUUAUCGUGAAAUAUCUUUUAAAAGAACAAUGCCAUUUGGAUGUUUGUAUUAUAUAAAUUAUCGAGAAUAAACAUACAUGUAACA